UGAGCGCAGGCACUUAAGACGAGUCGAGGCCAUGUGUUUCCCGAGUCGCCCACGAACUAGAGCGGGACUCUCGUGACUCUUGGCCUGCACAGCUCAACGAUGUCCGGGGCAUCCUCCAAGUGCUUGGGGAAAGGAAGCCCGCCUCCCGGUCCAGUCCCGGAGGGCCAGAUCCGCGUCUACAGCAUGAGAUUCUGCCCCUUCGCUCAGAGGACGCUGAUGGUCCUGAAGGCCAAGGGAAUCCGGCACGAAAUCAUCAAUAUCAAUCUGAAAAACAAGCCUGAAUGGUUCUUCAAGAAGAAUCCAUCUGGGCUGGUGCCAGUUCUGGAGGACAGUCAGGGUCGCUUGAUCUCCGGUUCUAUCAUCAUUUGUGAGUACCUGGAUGAGGCGUACCCGGAGAAGAAAUUGUUCCCAGAUGACCCUUACAAGAAAGCUUGCCAGAAGAUGAACUUAGAGUUAUUCUCUAAGGUGCCACCUUUGGUUUCAAGCUUUAUUAGAGAGAAGAAGAAGGAAAACCUUUCUGACUUAAAAGAAGAACUGAGCAAGGAACUUCGCAAGCUGGAGGAGGCUAUAACACCUUGUAACUCAGACUUCUUUGGUGGGGACACUGUCUCUAUGGCUGAUUAUCUUAUGUGGCCUUGGUUUCAACGGCUGGAAGCACUGGAACUCAAUGAGUGUGUAGCCAACACUCCAAAACUUAAGCUCUGGAUGGCAGCCAUGCAGGAAGACCCCACAGUAUCAUCCCACUCAAUUGAUCCCAAGGUCUUUCGUGGUUUCUUAAGUCUCUACCUAAAGGACAGCCCUGAGGCCUGUGACUAUGGGCUCUGAAGGGCAAGAGUCCUCAGUGGAUGAUAUUUUCCUUUAUUGACAUGAAUAACAAGCUUUCAUUUUACCCAGUAUUCUUACUGGCUCAUUUCUCACUGAUUUGGCCCUGUGGCCUAACUGGGUUUCCUCCAGGCCCUUCUAUUAUUCUAUUUCAGAAUAAUCAGUUCUAAUGGUCCUAACACUCUUCACUGAAAAACCCCAAACCAUCAUUCCCGUUUGAUCCAGACUUCUUAUCUUCAUCUCCUGAUUUUUCAAGAAAAUGUCAAGUUUUUGAUUUCUUAUUUCUAAAUUAAAAACUGCAAAUUCCCAUUCUUCA